AAAAAAAAGAAGACAUAAAAGCCAGGUUAGGUCCCACCGGGCACAUAGAAGCAACGACGAAGGCAAAACAGCGUCAAGAGAGGAAAGUAUGGCACCCCCUCUAAGUUCCAAGGUUUACGUCGACGGGGUCUACAUCCCCGCGGCGCUCAUUGUCAUCGGCACCGCCAUCGUCAAGAGGGACUGGGUCGUCUACAGUGUCGCCCUUGCUUUGGCUCUCGGCACAUGGAAGUUCUUCCAGCUCAAGCCCAAAAAGGUCCUUGACCCAACAAAAUUUCAGGAGUUCGAGCUCAAGGAGAAGACCAUUAUAUCCCACAAUGUCGCCAUCUACCGUAUCCAGCUCCCAUCGCCGUCUUCGAUCCUUGGUCUUCCCAUCGGCCAGCACAUCUCCAUCGGCGCCGACAUCCCCCAGCCCGACGGCAGCAGCAAAGAGGUUGUGCGGUCCUACACCCCGAUCAGCGGUGACGAGCAGCCCGGCUACGUCGACCUGCUGAUCAAGUCGUACCCCACCGGUAACAUCUCCAAGUACAUGGCCGGGCUCUCGGUCGGCCAGAGCAUCCGCGUCAGGGGCCCCAAGGGCGCCUUUGUGUACCAGCCCAACAUGGUCCGUCACUUCGGCAUGAUCGCCGGCGGUACCGGCAUCACCCCCAUGCUCCAGGUCGUUCGCGCCAUCGUCCGCGGCCGUGCCGCUGGCGACACCACCCAGGUCGACCUGAUCUUUGCCAAUGUCACCAAGGAGGAUAUCCUGCUCAAGGAGGACCUUGAUGCGCUCGCGGCCGAGGACAAGGGAUUCAGGGUACACUACGUUUUGGACAGGCCGCCUGAGGGCUGGACUGGUGGCGUUGGCUUUGUUACACAGGACAUGAUCACCAAAUGGCUCCCCAAGCCGGCAGACGAUGUCAAGAUCCUGCUGUGCGGUCCCCCGCCUAUGGUUAGCGGUCUGAAGAAGGCUACCGAGGCUUUGGGCUUCAAGAAGGCGCGCCCCGUGAGCAAGCUUGAGGAUCAGGUCUUUGCCUUCUAAGCAUGCACAGAGAUGCGCAGGUAUUAUGAGAGCGGCCGGUUAUGAAGCUCUGCAGUCUAGACUUGCAAUUAUAAAGCAAAAAUAUACAAAUCAUGAAGCGUACAAAUACCUGGCGCAAGAGUCUUGCACCUCGUUUGAAUAUGGCAUAUGCAAUGUGACUGGCGUGGCUGUUA